AUGUUUGCAGCAUAUAGAAAGGACGCUGAUGAUGCAAAGGAUGCAGAAACGUCUGAAUUCAUCCCACAUACUUCAUUUCAAGACAAUUCAAAAGCAUUAGUUAAAGUAAUUUCAUCAGAUAGCAGUGAAAGUGCAAAUGACAGCGAUGAUAAUCAGCCAAAAGCCAUUCAGUACUACAAAACUAAGCCACAAAGCACAAAAGUUGAACUAUAUUACCUUGAUAAGGAUCAAAGAAUUGAAUAUUUAAAAUUGGAAUCUUUACCAAAACGAGUACUUCCGUUGUACAGGAUCAUGCGGCGAUUUGCAUACUAUGGGAAGCAAAGGAAGUUCAGGAGAUAUUUUAAAAGAAAGGAGAAGACUUCUAAGAAGUCACUGGAUGAGCCAGAGAAUGAUGAAGGGCAGCAGAUGAAGAUUUACUUGAAUCAAAACCAAAAUGAUAUCGAGAAGUGGAUAGAAUAUAUUAAUUACAAGCACAUAAUCUCAACAACUCAGAAUGACAAGUCUGAAAAGUCCAAACUAGAAACCAUUGAGAAAGCUUUACAUUUUAAUACAUGCAGUCAGAAAUUAACAGAACUUUAUCUCCGGACGAUUCCAAACGUGCAUACUAGUGAUGUAGUCAUUGACUUAAUCCAGGAUCUAAUUGCAAAGGAACCAUAUAAUGUCAUUUACUGGAAGCACUUACUUAACACUUUUACAAGCUCAAUGGGAUGUGAUGUUGAAAAUGGAUUGAAGGAAUAUGGAAAGGCACUUAGAAUUAUUCAAAAAAGUCACGAUUCUGAUUUGUUAAUGCUUCAAAUCUUCAAAAUGUGCUGCUUAUUCUUAAGACAAGCUGGAUUGAAUGAACAAUUUUUCGCAGUAAUUCAUCUAAUGACGAGUAUGAACAUUAAUGAGUCAAGUGACUUUGAUAGAGUUUUCUACACAAAUGAGAUUCAAAAUCCACACCUUUUAGAAUAUGAGGAUCUAGUAUUGUCAUCUGAAUUGCCAAUGAAUGAGUUAUGGUACCGAAUUGAAACAAUCCGAGCUAUUUGUAACUUUUUACCUGUUAAAGUAACAUCUAAUAUUAAUCAGGAACAAAUGCAAGAUCCACAAAGAUAUGUUUUCAAUGAAGACAUCUGCAAUUUGGUAGUUCCACUGAAAAAUUCUAAAGCUUACAACUUCGAUCUGUUCAUUAUUGUCCUGAAAAUGUUUAAAUUCCCAUUACCUUACUAUGAAAUUAAGAAUGAGCUGUUCAGGACUGACGAAAAUGAAAUGGAAGAUGGAAUGAACUUCCUGUCAGUUCUAUUAAGACACACAUUUUCAUCUGAGAACUUUAAUAGAAUAUUCUUUAGCAUUAUUAAGGAUCUCAAUAUAUCUCCAAAUUAUCUAAGCUUUAAUGUCGAGUAUGAACCAUUCUUAAACUGCAUCCUUAAAAUCCUUGAAAACUGUUCAAGUUCUUUCAAUGACAAACAGAACAAGUUAGUAUUAAUCCUAUGGCUUAGACUACAACGAUUAAUAGUCAUUAUAGAUCAAUUAAAGUUGAAAGUUGAGAGAAAGGAACAAGAUCCAGUAGAGUACACAAAAUACAAGAAACAGAUUAAGUCAAAAGUUAAGAACAUCCUGAAGACAUCAAUAUAUCAAAAUGACCUAAAUAUCUAUACAGAAUAUGCCCUUAUUGAAGCUACUUUAGGUGAUAACGACUCAUGUGAUAAAAUUCUCAAAAUGGCAAUGAGUGCAGCUAUUGACAGUCAUCAGCACGAUCGUCAAAGUGAAUUAAGUUUCUAUCAAAUUUCACUGCAUUAUUGCGAAAGGAAGCUGCUUCAAAAUAACAAGGAUGAAUGCUUAGCACAGUUAAAAGUACUAACCGGACAUUGUGACAAUCCAAUAAGCUAUUUCGAGUCCAAAAUCCAGGAAAUUCGCGAUGAUGACAACUCUAAUGAGAUUGAGGACUACUUUCUACCAAUAACCAAUAAAUUCAACUUAAUCAAGGCUAAGGCUUAUUACCAGCUAUUGACACAGAGCAAAAAAUCCACAUUAAUUGCUGUUCUCGGUCACAUUGAUGCUGUAAAGGAGAAAAGCUUACUAAAAGAGAAGCUGUAUGAACUUUAUGUCGAGAUUUUCCAUAUAAAGGUCAAUGAGGAACUGCCAAAUAUGAGAAGCUAUAUGGAAGUAUUGUCAAGAGCACUAUUGGACUAUCCAAAAAAUAUUUUCAUCAUGCAUACAAUUGCUAGUCAAUAUUCACUUCGAUGGUUCGACAUCCGAAAGCUAUUGCUUAAAAGUCCAACAAAUGAGUCAAUUUUCUAUCUGCUGAUUGCUUCCAAAUAUCGAGAAGAACAGUUUGUUGGGGACGAUGCCAAAAUUUAUCAGCAUAGGAUUUACAAUGCAAUUGAUGGAUUAAUGAGUAGAAAGGUACAAGGAAUCUCAUCAGUGCUGACAUGGAGGCUGUAUCUUCGAGCAGCAUUUAACUAUGACUUUACAAAAUGCAAGACAAUUCUUUAUCAGUUACUCGACAGUUAUCCAAUGAAUAAGCAGCUGUAUUUGGAUGGUGCUCGAUAUCUACCAGAAGAACAUUCUCAACUACAUGACUUGAUUAUUGAAAAGGGAUUAAGAACUCAUGCUAUAGCUGAAGAACUUGAGAUAUUAAGAACUAGUUCUCAUCAUGCUGGUUAA